AUGUGGCUUGUUGCCGUAACUUUCCUCAGCAUCGGGUACGGCGAUAUCGUUCCUCAUACGUACUGUGGACGCGCUAUUGCUCUGGCGACUGGCGUAAUGAGUAAAGGAAACACUAAGGUAAGCGAAUAUACACUCAUUUGCAAACUAAUUUUGUUUUUCGAGAGACUUACCUGUAACCCAGCUGAAUCUCUCGUUUGUGAUGUUUUCAGGCAACUGACUGUGCUGCACCAGGCCGCCUCAUUUUUCAGUCGCUACGAUAUUCGAGAUAUCGCAAUACAUGGUUCCGGAUGCACGGCCUUGAUCGUUGCCGUAUUUGCGCGAAAACUCGAACUGUCCAAAGCGGAAAAACACGUGAUACACUUUAUGGUAGAAAAUCAAUUGAAUAAAAAGGUCAAAAAUUACGCCGCAAACGUACUUCGUGAAACCUGGCUUAUCUACAAAUAUACAAAGCUAGUCAACCGAGUGGACGCUGCCAAGGUUCGAACUCAUCAGCGAAAGUUUCUCCGGGCCAUUCAUGGGCCAACUUCAAGCCCAUCACUGAAGACAGCAUGCGAAUUCAAACUGUACUUCUUGACGUAUCAGAUCGAGUAUAAAUUUGAACCAGGAUUCUCUGGUUCCUCGCAGAUUAGCCUAAAACUAGAUUUCCAUUUAACUUGGCUGCUCAUCGAGCGAACAGGAAAAACGAUGGUAGAGCAAAAUGAUGGACUAUAUUUGGCGGCUAUUCAAUCACCGACAGAGAAACUUCCACCUCGUUACCCCAAAUCGCUCAGUCCGUUUGUGGUUAUCCCGCCAGUCAAAAAUUACGCCGCAAACGUACUUCGUGAAACCUGGCUUAUCUACAAGUAUACAAAGCUAGUCAACCGAGUGGACGCUGCCAAGGUUCGAACUCAUCAGCGAAAGUUUCUCCGGGCCAUUCAUGGGUA